UAUCGGCAUUGUUUAGCGCCCGUUGAUGCCUUUAGGGUCUGCCUACCCGGGGAUAGAGGAUGGUUCCACAACUCUCGACACUGGCAGCUUCACUCCACUCCGAGUCGGUAUGACUCCUUGACUUUGAGGUGCUGGUGAUUGAUAAUUUUACAGCCACAUAGUGCACGCUCUCCUUGCUCAACAACCGAAGAACCAGGAUACUUUGGGCUCGAAAUUCUACACCAUGGCUUCCAGCAAUCUCAGCGCUGCAGAAGCGCAAUGGCGGGAGCAAUAUGCUGCCAUGCGCGCUGCGCUCGCCGACCUUAAACUUGAGUCGUCCAAGGGCAAGCAGCCCGUGAUCAACGGAGAUAUUGACGAAACUGACUUUGAGGGUUACUCGUCGGGUACAAGUGGGCAAGACGUCUGGGACUUUAUCAGCGACGACGACGAAGACCCUGACAGCAGCGACUAUGCCUACGAAGAAGACAUUGACAGUCACAGUGGCGCCAACGCAGGGGCCGAAUGGUUCGUCACGCGUUGCUCAGAGAUCGCAGCCAAGAAUGGCAUGCCCGCGGAUGUAUUCGAGAGCCAGGUGGCUAGUAUGCUUUCCUCGGGCCAGUCUGAGGAGGAGCUACAAAUGCACCUGACUGACCUGAUGGGAUUCGACGAUCUCGAUUUCAUCAUUGAGAUCCUCAGCAAAAAGGACAGCAUCACGGCGGCACUGGCGGAUCAAAACCACUACGGCGAACGCCAGCAGCCCUCGGGUAGAUUGCUUAGCAGAGCCCAGCGAGAGGAAGCUCUCCGGCGUCAAGAUCUUGAGCACAAGUCCGCUACACUUGCCCCUUCUCAGACGCGCGAAGUCCAGUAUCCGCAUGUGUACAAAGCCUACAACGCGGGAAACACUCUCAACUACGCCGGCAAGAAGUAUGGCUUGCCGCCCGGCAGCGAGAGGCUUCAAUUCGACAAGUAUGAGGAGUACGCCAUCCCUGCUGGGAAAAAGGGCGAGCUUGGCCCUGGCCAGCGGCUUGUGAAUAUCUCAGAACUUGACGGGCUGUGCCGCACCACAUUCAAGGGAUACAAGGCCCUCAACCGCAUGCAGAGCCUGGUGUAUCCUGUGGCCUACAAGACGAGCGAGAAUAUGCUCAUCUGUGCACCCACAGGUGCUGGUAAAACCGACGCUGCCAUGCUGACAAUCCUGCACACCAUUAGCCGGCAUGUGACACCCAACCCCAUCGAGAACCCGUCCGCAAUGGAGUUUGGCGUCGACGCCGACAACUUUAAGAUUGUCUACGUCGCGCCCAUGAAGGCGCUGGCAGCCGAAAUCACGGAGAAGCUAGGCAAGCGCCUGGCCUGGCUGGGCAUCAAGUGUCGCGAAUACACUGGUGACAUGCAGCUCACCAAGUCCGAAAUCGUGCAGACGCAGAUCAUCGUGACCACCCCUGAGAAGUGGGAUGUCGUCACAAGAAAAGGGACAGGCGACACUGAGCUUGUCCAAAAGGUCAGGCUCCUCAUUAUUGAUGAGGUGCAUAUGCUUCACGAUGAGCGCGGCGCUGUUCUCGAGUCUUUAGUGGCACGUACCGAGCGACAGGUUGAAAGCACGCAGUCUCUGAUCCGCAUUGUUGGUCUCAGUGCCACCCUGCCGAAUUAUGUGGACGUUGCCGACUUUCUCAAGGUCAACAAAAUGGCUGGCCUCUUCUACUUUGACUCGUCUUUCCGUCCUGUGCCCCUGGAGCAGCAUUUCAUUGGCGUCAAAGGCAAAGCAGGAACCAAGCAGUCCAAGGACAACCUCGACACUGUCGCUUUUGACAAAGUCAAACAGAUGUUGGAAAGGGGCCAUCAAGUCAUGGUGUUUGUCCAUUCACGCAGAGACACGAUGCUCACAGCCAAGAUGAUCCACGCGAAAGCCAUGGAACAAAUGUGCACUGAUCUGCUUGACCCCAUGGGGCAUCCGUCCUAUGACCAGGCGGCUCGUGACAUGAAGUCAUCUCGAUCGAAAGAGAUCCGCGAGCUGCUGCAAAAGGGCCUCGGCAUCCACCACGCCGGUAUGGCGCGAGCCGACAGGAAUCUCAUGGAGCGCCUGUUCUCCGAGGGUGUGACCAAGGUUCUCUGCUGCACGGCUACUCUUGCGUGGGGAGUCAACCUGCCAGCUGCUGCGGUCGUCAUCAAAGGCACCCAGGUGUACAGUGCGCAAGACGGCAAGUUUGUCGACUUGGGCAUCCUUGACGUGCUCCAGAUCUUUGGCCGUGCUGGUAGGCCGCAGUUUGAGGAUACCGGUAUUGGCAUGAUCUGCACCACGCAGGACCGCUUGACGCACUACUUGACGGCUGUCACCGAGCAGCAGCCCAUUGAAUCCAAGUUCUCGACCAAGCUCGUGGACAAUUUGAACGCUGAGAUCUCCCUGGGAACCGUCACUUCAAUCCAGGAUGCCGUCACAUGGAUAGGCUACUCGUACCUAUUUGUGCGCAUGAAGAAGAGCCCCCUGACGUACGGUAUCGAGUGGGCUGAGAUCAGGGACGACCCAAGCCUGGUGAUGAGGCGUCGUACCUUGGCUAUCCAGGCAGCGCGCACACUGCAGCAAUGCCAGAUGAUUGUUUUUAACGAGAACACCGAGGAGUUGCGCAGUAAGGACAUUGGCCGCAUCGCGAGCCAGUACUACAUCCUGCACACGAGUAUCCAAGUCUUCAACUCCAUGAUGACCGCUCAGGGGACAGAGGCCGACGUUCUCAAGAUGAUCAGCAUGAGCGGAGAGUUUGACAACAUCCAGUCAAGGGACAGCGAGGCCAAGGAACUGACGCAUCUCCGACAUAAUGUGGUCCCUUGCGAGGUGGCCCAAGGCAUUGACACGCCCCAGGCUAAGACGAACAUAUUGUUGCAGUCAUACAUUUCGCGUACGCAGCCCGAGGACUUUGCGCUGAUGAACGACAUGAACUAUGUCGCACAGCAGUCCGGCCGCAUCUGCCGCGCGCUCUUCAUGCUGGCUCUGAACCGGCGCUGGGGACACCAGUGUCUGGUUCUGUUGACAUUGGCCAAGUCCAUUGAGAAGAGGAUUUGGCCGUUUCAACAUCCCCUCAACCAGUUUGACCUCACGAAGCCUGUGCUCAGCCAGCUCGAGGCCAAAGACAACCUGACCGUCGAGUACAUGAAAGAGCUUGACAGUGCCGAGAUCAGCAGUCUCGUGCACAACCAGACCGCUGGAAAGAACAUUGCCAGGAUCCUCAAUCACUUCCCUACGGUUCACGUGGAGGCUGAGAUUGCGCCACUCAAUCGGGAUGUAUUGCGCAUCAAGCUCUGGGUCAUUCCCGACUUCACCUGGAAGGAUUUCUACCAUGGCACCUCCGAGUCGUACUACAUCUGGGUGGAGAACUCGGAGACCUCUGAGAUAUACCACCACGAGUUCUUUAUCCUCAGCCGCAGGAAGCUGCACGACGACCACGAGCUCAACUUUACCAUCCCGCUCUCCGACCCCCUGCCCAAGCAGAUCUACGUCCGCGCCGUGUCCGACAGAUGGCUUGGUGCCGAGACGGUCACGCCUGUGUCGUUCCAGCACCUGAUCCGCCCCGACACCGAGAGCGUGUACACCGACCUGCUCGACUUGCAGCCGCUCUCCAUCAAGGCGCUGAGGAAUCCUGGUCUUGAGGAGAUCUACGGGCAGCGCUUCCAGUACUUCAACCCCAUGCAGACGCAGAUCUUCCACACCCUGUACAACACGCCGGCCAAUGUCCUUCUCGGAUCGCCGACGGGGUCUGGCAAAACGGUUGCCGCUGAGCUGGCCAUGUGGUGGGCGUUCCGUGAACGGCCAAAGUCCAAGGUGGUCUACAUUGCCCCCAUGAAAGCCCUUGUCCGCGAGCGUGUCAAGGACUGGGGUGUUCGCCUGGCGCGUCCGCUGGGCUUGAAGCUCGUUGAGUUGACUGGUGACAACACGCCCGACACCAGGACGAUUAAGGACGCGGACAUCAUUAUCACGACCCCUGAGAAAUGGGAUGGUAUUUCUCGCUCUUGGCAGACAAGAGGGUAUGUGCGGCAAGUGAGUCUGGUCAUCAUUGACGAAAUCCACUUACUGGCCGGAGACCGUGGUCCUAUCUUGGAGAUCAUUGUGUCGCGCAUGAACUACAUCGCGUCGAUGACAAAGGGCUCCGUGCGACUCCUGGGUAUGUCCACUGCUUGCGCCAACGCAAGCGACCUGGGCAACUGGCUUGGCGUGAAGGAGGGUCUCUUCAACUUUAGGCACUCUGUGCGCCCCGUGCCUCUGGAGUCGUACAUUGACGGGUUCCCCGAGGUACGUGGCUUCUGCCCGCUCAUGCAGUCGAUGAACCGCCCAACAUUCCUGGCCGUGAAGAAUCACAGCCCGAGCAAGCCGGUUAUCGUCUUUGUGCCCUCUCGUCGACAGACACGUCUCACCGCCAAGGACCUCAUCAACUUCUGCGGCAUGGAGGACAACCCGCGUCGCUUCCUGCAUAUGGACGAGGAUGAUCUGCAGCUGAACCUGGCGCGUGUCAAGGACGAUGCGUUGAAGGAGGCCAUUAACUUUGGUAUCGGACUUCAUCACGCCGGUCUCGUCGAGUCUGACCGUCAGCUUUCCGAGGAGCUCUUCCUGAACAACAAGAUCCAGAUCCUGAUCGCUACCAGUACUCUCGCUUGGGGCGUCAAUCUGCCAGCCCAUCUCGUUGUGGUCAAGGGCACCCAGUUCUACGACGCCAAAAUCGAAGGCUACCGAGACAUGGAUCUGACAGAUGUGCUCCAAAUGCUGGGUCGCGCCGGACGUCCACAGUUCGAUACCUCUGGUGUGGCGCGCAUCUUCACGCAAGACUCCAAAAAGGACUUUUACAAGCACUUCCUCCACACCGGGUUCCCGGUCGAGUCAUCGCUCCACACGGUCCUGGACAACCAUUUGUGUGCCGAAGUGUCGGCCGAGACGAUCAUCACCAAGCAGGAUGCGCUCGACUACCUGACGUGGACCUUUUUCUUCCGCCGCCUGCACAAGAACCCGUCGUACUACGGCCUCGAGAUCUCGGCCGAGGACCACAGCUCCAUCGUCGCCCAGGAGCUUGCCAAUGAGUACAUGAUCGACAUGGUCAGCAACUCGCUCCAGGAGCUGGCCGAGUCCAAGUGCGUCGAGGUCUACCCCAACGGCGACGUCGACCCCACGCCCCUGGGCAAGAUCAUGAGUUACUACUACCUCUCGCACAAGACCAUCCGCACGCUCGUCGCGCACGCCAAGCCCCGCGGCUCCUUCCUGGACGUCAUGUCCUGGAUGGCCCGCGCCGUCGAGUACGACGAGCUGCCCGUCCGCCACAAUGAGGAUCUCGUCAACGAGACGCUGUCGCAGAACCUGCCCUUUGCGGGAUCCGCGUUCAACUUGCCCAUGUGGGACCCCCAUGUGAAGGCGUUCCUGCUCCUGCAGGCGCACAUGUCGCGCAUCGAGCUGCCCAUCACCGACUAUGUCGGCGAUCAGACCAGCGUGCUCGACCAGGCCAUCCGUAUCAUCCAGGCCUCCAUCGACGUGCUCACCGAGCUGGGGUACCUCUCCAGUUGCCUGCGGAUGAUCAGCCUGCUGCAGUGCAUCAAGUCAGCCCGCUGGCCGACUGAUCCUGCCGUCACGAUCCUGCCAGGUGUCAUGCCCGAGACGACCAAGGACAAGUCUACUCUACAGGAUCUCGUUCAACUCCCUGCGGGCAAGGUCACUGCGCUUGCCAAGUCGCUGGGCGUCCCGGCCUCGCAGAACAGUCGCUUCGCGCGCGCCCUGUCCAUCCUCCCCAAUGUCACCGUCAGCAUCGACAAGCCCACCGCCACGGGCUUGACCGUCCAACUACGCCGUCAGAACCCGCUGGUCGAGCGCGACGCGAAGAUGUACGCCCCCAACUUCCCAAAGUCGCAGACAGAAGGCUUCUUUGUCAUCGUCGCCGACGUGGCGCGUGACGAGGUCUUUGCCGUCAAGAGAGUGGGCUGGUACUCUGGGCCGCCGGGCGGCGGCUCGGCGGCGCGGAAGCUGGCACCGGGGAGCAGGCCGUCGGCCCGGGCGAAUAUCAAGUUGCCUGAAUCGACGCAGGACAGAAAGGUGGAUGUCCUGGUGGUGAGCGACGGGUACAUUGAGCUGGAGAAACGUGUAGAGGGCGUGGAGAUCCCCGCUGUCCCCGUGGUGCAGGACGACCUGGACAAGAAGUUGGAGGACGUGGCUGCUGGCACGGCGCAGCCUUGAGAGAGAAAAUAUGUGUGUAGUCAAUCAGUUUGGCACUUCUCUAAACUCCAGAACCAUAUGAUAAACGCCUGGCUCCGUGGAAACCCAGAUCCCUCCUCCCAUGUCCUUGAUGCACACCGAAUGCCUUCGCCCACAACGCCUCGAGAAUGCAA